GUUUUACAAUCGGAGCAAAACUCUUAUAAAUUGGAUUUUUUUCCCAUCCCAUCAAAAGAACUUAAAUCAUUGAUUAUUUUCAAAAUGCAAAUUCACGGCCUUUGUUUUAUGCUUGAACAAAAAGUAAAUCCGAUCCCUUUACAAAAUGUUGUCAUUGAGGCCAACAUUGUUGAUAUGAUCGCCGAAGUUGCUAUAAUCCAGACUUAUAAGGUUGCUGAAAAAAAUACCAUUGAAGCCUUUUAUAAGUUUCCUAUUAAUGAAGCUAUAACUGUUUGCGGAUUUGAAGCGGAAAUUGAUGGACGAAGUAAAGUAAAAGGUUUUGUCAGAAAGGAAAAUAAGGAUGUCGAUCAAUACACUGAAGAAGUUUGGCAAGGACAUGGUGCUUAUUUGAUAGAAUCCGAAUCAAAUGAAGUAUUUCAAUGCUUUGUUGGACAUAUUUCAGUCGGACAAACUGUGGUCAUAAGAAUUACAUACGUUGCAGAACUCAAGCAUGAUUCCGAGUCUGAAAAAAUUCGAUUCGUUCUUCCAAACUUUAUCGCGAUGAGAUAUGGCUCCAAUGAUGAGAAAAUUAUUAACGCCGAUGCUGUCGUUAAUAAUUUAGAUCUGAAAAUUACUUGUCAAAUGGCUUCAAUUAUUCAACGUAUUGAAUCGCCUUCACAUAAAAUUUCUACCGAAAUGAGUAUUGAUGGAAAUCCUAAAAUUUUCAAAAUCACUUUAGAUGAACAGAUUACUUAUUUAGAAAAAGAUUUCAUUCUUGUGUUUAAGAGUGAAGAUCUUGACCAAUCAAGAGCUUUCGUUGAAUACAAUCCUGAAACAGAAACAAACUGUGUUAUGUUAACUUUGGUUCCGAAAUCCACGUUAAAUACAACAGAGUUAAUAUUCGUUAUCGAUAGAUCAGGAUCAAUGAGUGACGGACCUAUGAAGAGAGCUGCGCAAGCACUUGAAUUAUUAUUACGUUCUCUUCCUGAAGAUUGUUACUUUAACAUAAUAUCGUUUGGAUCUCGUUAUGACUCUCUUUUUCCAAAAAGUCAACUUUAUUCCGAAACGAAUCUGUCUAAAGCACUUAAUCUUGCUCAAACGAUGACCUCAAAUUACGGUGGAACAGAAAUUUUCAGGGUAUUAAAUUGGGCAGUUGAAAAUUCAAGGAAUGAUAUGCCAACUUCUGUAUUUCUUAUUACAGACGAUGAAGUUCGGAAAAUUGAUCAAUAUACAAGUGAAAAUGAAGAAAAGAUGAAUGAUGAUUUACGUCUUUUUGCAUUAGGAAUU